UAUAAGGACCAGGAUCUAGUCAAAACCUACAGGCUGAAGACAUUGAGAGAAAGGUGGGAGGCAGAAGAUGUCACUGAGGAUAUCCUUGAGAUGGACAUGACAUGGAAACAGGUGUACCUGGAUGAAAACCACUCGGUGAAGCUUGAGGAGGUUGAAGAUCUGUCCAGACUGGAGGAGGUCUGUGAGAGCUCAGUCCUUCUGUGUCUGAAGAAGAGAUUCCAUCGCAAUUUCAUUUACACCUACAUUGGGCAAAUCUUGGUCUCUGUGAAUCCUUUCAAGCCCCUCCAUCUCUGCUUGGAAGAGGUGGUGACCCAGUACCAGCAGGGGACACUCUCCAAAAAUGCCCCACACAUCUUUGCCAUUGCAGAAAUGGCCUACACUCUGUCCCAGACCUCAGAGCAAGAGCAGUGCAUCGUCAUCAGUGGGCACAGUGGAUCGGGUAAAACAGAAGCUGCCAAAGCAAUCAUGCAGUACCUAAGCACCUUGUACCAGAGACAAGACAGCCCUGGGAUCAGGCAGCCCUGCGAUGUACAGCCCAUCCUGGAGAGCUUUGGGAAUGCUAAAACCAUCCUCAACGACAACUCGAGCCGCUUCGGGAAGUUUCUGCAUGUCCACCUGAGACAUGGGGUCGUGGUGGGUACGUCCAUCUCUCAGUACCUUCUGGAAAAGUCCCGUGUUGUGUUUCAGGCCUGUGGCGAGAGGAGCUACCAUGUGUUUUAUGAGCUGCUGGCAGGGCUGCCUGUGGAGCAGAAAGAGAAGCUUUUCCUGCAUGAGGCAGAGACUUACUUCUACCUGAAUCAGGGCAGAGCAUGCGACCUCUCGGGGAAGCAAGACGAUCGGGACUUUGUGGUCUUGGUGCAAGCUCUGCAGGUGAUUGGCCUCUCAGAUGAUCAGCUGACCUCCAUCUGGGCAGUGCUGGCUGCCAUCCUGCAGCUGGGGAACAUCUGUUUUACCUCCUGUGAGAAGGAAUCCUUUGGCCUUGCAGCCAUCCCCAGUGACACGGAAAUCCGGAUUGUGGCCAGUUUGCUGCAUGUCUCAGCAGAUCUCCUCCAAAGCGCCAUCACUCACCGAGUCACAGUGACGUCUUAUGAUCGUAUAUUCACCCCUUUGUCUGUCGAAAGCGCCAUUGAUGCCAGGGAUGCCAUUGCCAAGGCUCUGUAUUCCCUGCUCUUUGACUGGCUUCUGGUGAAGAUCAAUGAGUGGCUAGCCCCCAGCGAAAUGGACAGCACUCUGGGCAUUGUCGACAUAUAUGGCUUUGAGGAUCUGGGGGUGAACAGCUUGGAGCAACUGUGCAUCAACUUCGCAAACGAGCGUCUCCAACAUUUCUUCCGCCAGACAGUCGUUGCCCAGGAAGAGGAGGAAUACACCCAAGAGGAGCUAGUCUGGAUUCCCAUUUCCAAGAUGCACAAUGAGUCAUGCCUGGAUCUGAUUGCUGCAAAGCCCCAUGGCAUUUUACGCAUCCUGGAUGACCAGACGUCAUUGGCUCAGGCCACUGACCACACCUUCCUCCAGAAGUGCCAUUACCAUCAUGGAAGCAACCCUUGGUAUGGCAAGCCCAAACUGCCUUCACCAGUCUUCACCGUGCAGCACUAUGCAGGUCCUGUCACCUACCAGGUUCACAAGUUUCUGAAUAAAAACCACGACCAGCUGCGCCCGGAGGUCCUUGAGAUUUUCUCCCAGAGUCGCCUCAAGCUGGUGUCCCACCUUUUCCAGCGGGCCAAGGGACAUCACAGACUGCAGGGGGAGUUGGCCAUGGGAGGCAAAGGGCUUAAACAUCAUGCCUCUACACUGGUGUCCCGAUUCCAGCAGUCCCUGCAGGAUCUCACAGCCAAGCUGAGGAGAAGCCAUACUUUCUUCAUUUGCUGCAUCACGCCCAAUCCAAAAAAGCUGUCCGACGUCUUUGAUGUGGAAUAUGUCACUUGUCAGCUGAGGCAUUCUGGGAUACUGGAGGCCAUCCACAUCAGGAAGGAGGGAUACCCCAUCCGCAUUCCAUUCCAGCACUUCUUAGUCAGGUAUGGGGCUCUGACUGACCAAGGGCAGAGCUAUUCGCAGGAGAGGGAUGGAUGCGCCGCGGUGCUCUCGCAUGUGGUGGGGGACCCCUCGGACCUCUAUCAGAUUGGAGUAACAAAGGUCUUCUUGAAGGAGAAGGCCAAGCAGCUGCUGGAGAGAAGAUGGAACCAGAAGCAGAGCUGGGCCAUUGUCACCCUCCAGCGGAACCUCCGAGGCCUCAUCAGCCGCAGGCAAUUCCAGGUCUUCCGGCAGAAGGUCAUGGUCAUCCAGGCUCAUUUCCGGGGGCACCAGGCAAGGAAGCGCUACAGGAGGCUGAAGAUGAUGCUGGUGCAGCUUGGGACGGUAGUUUUAAUCUCCAGGCCCUUGGUGCAGACACGGAAGCGCUGCCAGCAGAGGCGUGAGGUCAGCAGGCAAAGAGAGGAGUUGCUGGCCAAAGGUGGCGAGGAGAGUGGUAGCCCCCCAGGAAUGGACGUGGGGCUGCUGGAGAUCCCCGCAGAGCUUGCGGCACUCCUGCACUCUGCCAAAGGUCAGCACCAUGUUCAGGCCAAUCAGAUCGUGGAGGUUUCACCUCCGGAGGUCAAGGCCAAGUGCGACCUCUCCCUCCCACCCAACAUCAAUAACUCUCCCUUCUCCGUCUUCAUGAGGUCUCACUUCCAGGAGCCCAACUUCCCUGCCCUUGGACAGCCCCUGCAGCAGCCCUUAACCCGCCUGGAGGGCAAGGACACGCAGGGUGCUCUGGAGAUCAACAAACUGAUCCUGCGGUUCAUCGGGGACAGGAACCUCCAGAGCUGGCAGGAAGUGCUCCUGGGUAACUACAUCGCCAGCCGAGGGCUGGGCCACCCGGCCCUGCGCAACGAGAUUCUGAGUCAGGUGGUCAGCCAGGUGUGGAAGAACCCAGACACAGAACAGAGCCAGCGAGGCUAUGCUCUGAUGGCUGCCCUCCUGAGUGCAUUUACCCCUUUGCCAGCACUGGAGAAACCCUUGCUGAAGUUCGUGUCAGACCACGGGCUGGAAGGCUACAAUGCUGUUUGCCAGCGCAAGAUCCUCACGGCAAUGCAGCAGACAGACACGGACCCCGAGGUCUCCCGUGCCCAUCCUCCCACUCUGUUGGAGUGGACCGCUAACCAGAGGAGAGGGAAGAUGGUGCUGGACGUCUUCACCUAUAAUGAGGAGACAUUCUCUGCCGAAGUAGAGUCCUGGACAACAGGGGAACAGUACGCAGGCUGGAUCCUGAGUUCAAGGGGUUUGGAUAAGGAGCCUCGAGGGUGGUCUGUCUCCAUGCUCACAGGCGAGGUGUGGCGGGACCUGCCCGGCUGUGACUUCAUGCUGGAUCUCAUUGGAGAGAUGGAGGAGGCCGGCAACCCUUCCCUGUCCUCGGCUGACUAUCCCAUCACACCCGAGUGGGAAGGGAGCCCAUCCUGGAGCGCCUCUCUGGACAUGAUGGACUGGGACAUCCCUCCUGCACCAGGCAUUCAGGCUCCAUCUCUCCCUCCUCCCUUUCUGCCGCCAUCCUUGGACGCUGAGAGCACCUACUCAGGGCUGGGAGUCCAAGGCGUCCCGAGGACCCCCAAAGGCCUGGAGCACUAUGUGGAUGACCUCUUCGACCCAGUGCUCCAUCAAGGGUCUGGAGUGCCAGAUAUGGAGAAUGGCAGGAGCCUGACUGGACGCAUGAAAGGAGGUGGAAAAAUUGGACCCACCCAGCAAGGAGCCUUUCCUUCUGCAGGCUACCCUGGAAUGAUGCAAGUACCAGCUUACCAACCCAUGCCAAUGAUGGGUGGAAUGAUGCCAGCACCCAUGCCAAUGAUGCCAGCACCCAUGCCAGCUAUGGUUGCGCCCCAGCCGAUGGUCCCAGCUGUGGAUCCCAGUCAGCUCGCAGCACAACAGCAAGCCUUUAUCACCCAGCAGGCCCUGCUCAUGGCUCAGCAGAUGACCCUUCAGGCCAUGACAAUUUCCCAGCAGCAGCAGCGACAGAGGUCUCCUGAACCCUCAAGGCCAAGACGAGCCUUGACUCCACAACCAGCCCCAGCUCCGGCCCCGGCCCCGGCCCCGGCCCCAGCUCCAGCUCCUAAACCAAAGAGAACCAAUAACAGCAAGAAUGCUGCACCAGCAGCUAAAACACCAGAGCCCCCGGCUGAUGCAGCAGAACCGAUCCAUGACUACCCAGAAGAACAACUGACAGACAGUGAUGAGGACUCAGUCUUUCGAGACACCUUCCAGCAGAAGCGGGAGUACUUCCAGAAAAUGGCACAGCAAAAAAUCCAGUUGAAGAAAGUCAGGCCCUCUUCCAAGAGCUGGACCCCUCAAAAAAAUCCACAGCAGGAGGAAGAGAGGUCCAGCCCCGAACCAGAGACAGCCCCAGCACCCCCCUCGCCACCUCCCACGCCAAAGCAGAAAGUGCAAGAGAAGAAAGCAAAGAAGGAGCCGCGCCCUGUGGUGGCUGCCGACCUGGCGCCAAAGAGGGAGCCCAGCCGGGAGAUCCGCAACAUCAUUAAGAUGUACCAGAGCCGGCCAGCCCCGGAGCCACAGCCCAUCGUGCCCGUCAGGAGGCCGUCCAAGCCCUUCCUGAAGAAGAGCGACCCCAAGAACGAAGCUCUGGCCAAGCUGGGGAUGGCGAGCCCUCAGCCCCCAAAAUCGCCCUCCUCGCUGAACAAGAGUCCCAGAGGGGCUCCGCCCCCUCCGCCUGCCAAGAAGGGCCAGACCGCCACAUCCAUCAGGGAAAAGCAGCAGCCUCUCAUGAGCCUCUUUGGCCAGCAGCCGACCUUCCCCGAUGCUUCCCUCAUCCCUCCACCUCCCCCAUUCCUGCCCCCACCCCUUCUGCCUGCUGACCAAGCCACGCAGCAAUCUGAGCCGAAAGACUCUGCUUGGACAAUGGCAGAAGAAGAUGCCAGCAUCAAGACACAGCUCUACAAGCUUACUGCCAGCGUCAGCUUCUCAUACGCCUCCACACCCUGGAAAAUCUUCCUCCGCAAAGAGGUGUUUUACCCCAAAGAAGCCUUCAGUCACCCGUAUUGCUUGAACCUGCUGUGUGAGCAGAUCAUGCAAGACACUUACUCGGAGUCCUGCGUCCGGAUCUCCAAGGAGGAGAGGCGCAAGAUGAAAGACUUAUUGGCAGAGUUCCAGGUCGGCACGGAUGUCACCUCCAUUCUAGAGGACGGGAUAAAGAAGAGGAUUGUGGUGGCUGCUCGGGAUAACUGGGCCAACUAUUUCUCCCGGCUCUUCCCGGUUAAGGGGGAAAGAGGAAGCGACGUCCAGCUCCUUGGGGUUUCUCACCGGGGAAUCCGGCUGCUGAAGAUGGCAAAAGCAGCCAGCUUCAGCUCUGAAUACCUGAAAAUCCUUUGCAGCUACAGUUUUGCAGACGUGCUGUCGGUGGAGCUGAGGGGCAGCAGCAGCCUGGAGUUCUCCCUGAAGAACGAGCAGCUGAUCCUGCACUCGGCGAAGGCUCGGCAGGUCAAGGCCAUGGUGGAGCUUUUCCUCCGGGAGCUGAAGCAGGACUCCAACUACGUCAUUGCUUUGCGCAGCUACGUCACAGAUGACAAGAGCCUCUUGAGCUUCAAAAAGGGCGACCUAAUUCAGUUACUGCCCAUGCAGGGGCUGGAGCCAGGCUGGCAGUUCGGCUCCGUUGGCGGCCGCUCCGGCCUCUUCCCCUCCAGCAUGGUGCAGCUGGCGGCGGCCCCCGAUUACCUCAGCACUCACAUGAACAGACAGGAGAGGCUCCAGAAGAACCUGAAAAGAGACCAUCUGGAGACGAGUGUUAGCAGGGAGAGCUCUGUCCCCAGCCUGGCAUCGGAAAUCACCAGCUCUGCCUUCUCCCCAGACGCCCACCACUACACCAUGGUGGAGUUUGCCAUGGCGCACUUCCGGGAGGCCCAGUCCACGCUGGAAUGGAAGGGGAUGAGCGCGGAGAGGAGGAGCCCAGCUGCCCUGGUCGAGCACACCAAGGUCCCGAUCCAGGAGUCCCUGCUUCAGUUCUCCGACAGCGAGAUGAAUGAGCUGGCGACAAAGAGCUUCAUGACUUUGAUGAGGUUCAUGGGAGACCAGCCCACCCUCAAGAACCAGGCCGAGAUCGAUUACGUCUAUGAGAUUCUUCAGCUCUGCAAGGAGAAGGAGAACCUGCGCGAUGAGGUUUACUGCCAGGUCAUCAAGCAGAUCACGCAGAAUCCCAAGCUAGAAAGCUGUGUCCAUGGCUGGCGGCUCCUGAGCCUGCUCACUGGCUUCUUCCUUCCCUCCAACACCUUGAUGCCAUACGCCACCAAAUUCCUGCAGCAAGCCAGCGCCGAUCCAGCCAGCACCCACCAAGAUCUAGCCAGGACCUGCUAUGGCAACCUGCGGAAGAUGAUCAUGUACGGCGGCCGCCGGCACCUGCCCUUCCGCGUGGAGAUGGAAGCACUCCUGAAGGGGCGUGGCUCCCGCCGGCUGGUGAUCGUCCUGCCUGGGGCCCUGGAAUACGCCACCAAAAUCAGGACGUUCACUGUGGCUGCGGAAGUGGUGCGGGAGAUCUGUGAGCAGAUGGGGAUCAAUGAGCAGGAGGAGAUCCAGGAGUUCGCUCUCUUCGCCAGCAAGAAUGACGGGAAGGUGGUGAGGCCGGUGCGCCAGGACGAAUACAUCCAUGACUACCUGCUGGAGGACAGCUCCGUGAUCCUGGAUUUACGCCGGCUCUCCUGGAAGACACCCCUGCACUUCGAGAACGAGAUUUAUAUCAGCAUUCACUACAGCCAGGUACAGCGGGAUUACCUGAAAGGGAAGCUCUUGCUGAACUACAACAGUGAACUGGAGAAGCAGGUGGGCACCAUGGCCCUUUUCCAGCACUGGGCCAAAGGACUGGGCUCCCCACCAUCCAAUCAGGAGUUGAUGGACUAUGCCCCAACGCCUGUGCUCCAGCUCAUCAACCCACAGGCUCUCCAAAGCCAAGUCAACUGGCUGCUGGAAACCAUGAAGCCACUCGGACAGCAGGAGGCAAAGAUCCAGUUUGUAGAGCACGUGAUCCAGCUGCCCCUCUUCGGCUACAACGCGUACCCCGUGGAGCGGUGCAGCGAGCCCAGGAUUCCUCUACCCUGUGUCCUGGGAGUGAAUAGGGACCAGAUCAUCAUUGUGGCCAGCAGGUCCCAGGAGCUCUGCUGCCGCAUCCCGCUGAAGGAAUUGCAGAGGAUGCGAACCCUGCGGCCUUUGGAUGACUCUGGGGUGCCGGGUCUGGAAGUGAACUAUGGCUCUGUGGACAAUCCUCAGACCAUGUGGUUUGAACUGCACCAGGCCAAGGAACUGUACCACACAAUCACAGUCAUCAUGGAGGAGGGAGAAUCUCAGCACUAGAGAGCCAGGCUGGAAGACGGCGAAGCAGAACAGGGCUGUCCUCAGCUUGGACAGCUGAUCAAGCACUCCUCACACUGGCCUGUGGCAGGGCUAGUCCCAUUCACCAUCCUGCUCUCCAGCCGCCUUGUUCUAGCAGCACACUCCCCUCUCCUGCUUUCCAAGGCUGCCACUCCCUUGCCAGCCUGUCGUCCAAGCUGUUUGGUCACCUUACUUCUGCACCACCACGUGCCAGAACCUGGACCUCCGCCGUAGUGCUGCUGCUCAUCCCUUCCCGCCCCAGGCUUGGUUCGCACCUCACUCCCAUUCAGAGUCCUUUGGAGUUGCGUGGUCUCCCCAGCCAGAGCAGAGCCUGCAAUGGAACAAGGCCCUGGUCUUUCACAAGCUGCUACAAGCAAGUGGAGAGGAGCAGCCCAGAGACUUCAAGGUACAGCACUGCAGUCCUUUUUAGCACUAACAACAAACUCACACAUGGCAGCAGCAGGGGAGUCUGGUACUUGUGAGAGAUUUCGCAUCUCCAAGAAAAAGAUACAACUCCAUCUACUGGCAUUAAAUUCCUGAGAGCGGCCUCUUUGGUGGCAGCUCUUUGACAUUAUCACAGAGCUGGUCAGUGAGUGUCAAUAUGCAGUUACCCUGUGUGCCAAGGCAGACUUUGAGCUGCAAUGGUAAGACUGUUGACGGCUACUCGAUUUCUUACACUGUUCAGAUGGCCAGUAUGUUUCUUUUUCUUUCUACGCUGAAGAACUCAGUCUGACUGUACAGCUGUAUAUUUAAAUGAUGUCUACUUGCCCAGCGAACUAAGAUACAAAUUUCCCUCCCUGACAGAGGAGGAAAAAUCAGAAUGUAAAAAUAAAUCCUUAAUUUAUUUUAUUACUCUAGAUCUCCAGCUGGGGGAGAGGUGUUUAUGCUUCUGUGCGGGGAAAAAAAAAAUCAAUGAAAUAUUUAAUAACCAAUAAAUUAUUAAAGUCUU